CCUAGAGGAGCGCCGCCCCGCCUCCUGUGUCCCUCCUCAAUUCCCCGCCCCCUCUCAGUUUCGCGUCUCCUAGCCCGACGCGCUCGCUAUAAUCACGUGACCGCCUCAUCCGGGUCCUUUGCGUUCUCUCUCCCUCUCCCAACAUGGCGGCCUCAGCGAAAAAGAAGAAUAAGAAGGGGAAGACUAUCUCCCUAACAGACUUUCUGGCUGAGGAUGGAGGGACUGGUGGAGGCAGCACCUACGUCCCCAAACCAGUCAGCUGGGCUGAUGAAACGGACGAUCUGGAAGGGGAUGUUUCAACCACUUGGCAUAGUAAUGAUGAUGAUGUGUAUCGGGCACCUCCAAUUGACCGUUCCAUCCUGCCCACUGCUCCACGGGCUGCUCGGGAACCCAAUAUCGACCGGAGCCGUCUUCCCAAAUCUCCACCCUACACUGCUUUUCUAGGGAACCUGCCCUAUGAUGUGACAGAAGACUCCAUUAAGGAAUUCUUUAGAGGAUUAAAUAUCAGUGCGGUGCGUUUACCGCGUGAACCCAGCAAUCCUGAGAGGUUAAAAGGUUUUGGUUAUGCUGAGUUUGAGGACCUGGAUUCCUUGCUCAGUGCCCUGAGCCUCAACGAAGAGUCUCUAGGUAACAGGAGAAUUCGAGUGGACGUUGCUGAUCAAGCACAGGAUAAAGACAGGGAUGAUCGUUCUUUUGGCCGGGAUAGAAAUCGUGAUUCUGACAAAACAGAUACCGACUGGAGGGCCCGUCCUGCUGCAGACAGCUUUGAUGACUACCCGCCUAGAAGGGGUGAUGAUAGCUUUGGAGACAAGUAUCGAGAUCGUUACGAUUCAGACCGAUAUCGUGAUGGGUAUCGGGACAGUUACCGUGAUGGCCCACGCCGGGACAUGGAUCGAUACGGGGGCCGAGAUCGCUAUGAUGACCGAGGUGGCAGAGACUAUGACAGAGGCUACGAUUCCAGGAUAGGCAGUGGCAGAAGAGCAUUCGGUAGCGGGUACCGUAGGGAUGAUGACUACAGAGGAGGCGGGGACCGCUACGAAGACAGAUACGACAGACGAGAUGACCGGUCCUGGAGCUCCAGAGAUGAUUACUCUCGGGAUGAUUAUAGGCGGGAUGAUAGAGGUCCCCCCCAAAGACCCAAACUGAACCUAAAGCCUCGGAGUACUCCUAAGGAAGAUGAUUCCUCCGCUAGCACCUCCCAGUCCAGUCGGGCAGCCUCUAUCUUUGGAGGGGCAAAGCCUGUAGACACAGCUGCUAGAGAACGAGAAGUAGAAGAGCGGCUACAGAAGGAACAAGAGAAACUGCAGCGUCAGCUGGAUGAGCCAAAACUAGAGCGACGGCCUCGGGAGAGACACCCAAGCUGGCGAAGUGAAGAAACUCAGGAACGGGAACGAUCGAGGACAGGAAGUGAGUCAUCACAGACUGGGACCUCAGCCACAUCUGGCAGAAGUAAGUCAGACCAGGAUGCACGAAGAAGAGAGAGUGAGAAGUCUCUAGAAAAUGAAACCCCCAAUAAAGAGGAAGACUGUCAGUCUCCAACUUCUAAGCCUCCCAAACCUGAACAGCCUCUAAAGGUAAUGCCAGCCCCUCCACCAAAGGAGAAUGCUUGGGUGAAGCGAAGUUCUAACCCUCCUGCUCGAUCUCAGAGCUCAGACACAGAGCAGCAGUCCCCUACAAGUGGUGGAGGGAAAGUAGUUCCAGCUCAACCAUCUGAGGAGGGAUCAGCAAGGAAAGAUGAAAAUAAAAUAGAUGGGGUAAGUGCCCCAAAAGGCCAAAGUGGGAACUCCAGCCGUGGUCCGGGAGAUGGAGGGAACAAAGACCACUGGAAGGAGUCAGACAGGAAAGAUGGCAAAAAGGAUCACGACUCCAGAUCUGCACCUGAGCCAAAGAAAGCUGAAGAAAAUCCAGCCUCGAAGUUCAGUUCUGCAAGCAAAUAUGCUGCUCUCGCCAUUGAUGGUGAAGAUGAAAAUGAGGGAGAUUACACCGAAUAGACCUCUGCAUUCUGUGCUUUCUCCUAGUCUCUCUCCACCCUGGAACAUUCGAGAGCAAAUCAAACCUCUAUCCAGACAAGACAAAAUAAAACUCACCAUCUCCUGGAGACCUUUCUUAACUUUUUUUUAAAAAAACACAAAAUGAAAUGAAAUUCUUUUGCAUGCUGCUGCAGCCUUUAAAGUAUUGAACUAACAGGAGAAUCACCAGUGUAGCCAGAGAAAGAGACGUACAGCUUUUAAUGGAAAAGUUGUGGUGUGUUUUUAUGACACAUGCAAUUGCCUGUGUGAUUAGUGCCUAGGGGCCUCCGUUUAGCAAAAUGCAGUGACAGUGAUGCAGUGUCUGGAAUCUAGUUGGGCAGUAGACAGGUAUAAGGAAGAGUGAGGUUCUUACCUUUAAUUCUUACUAUCCUGUUGUGGCAUACAUGAAUUCUCAAAUAUUAUCUGAAUAAAUUCUCCAUCCUCGGCAAGGUAGGUUUAGUCUCCAGGAGGCUGCCAGCCCCGCCUCUCAUUUAGUUCUGAGUUACUGGGGCCAGCCUAUGGGGAGUUCCUUCAUUUGUACCCCCCAGGGGGGUAGGUGGAAGUGAGUCUACAGGCCACUGAAGAAUAGGACUGUUUGGUGACCAAAAUAAAUGGGGAAAUCGUGGUUUGAAAAGAAGGUUGGGGGCUUGGUGAAUUAUCUUGCACCAGUAAUAGAGAAAAUGGUAUAUGACCUCCAGUAAACACAUGAAUGGUUUACUUCCUGGAGCAGGAAGCACUUAGGGUUCGUGGGAAUUCCCAAAUCUUUUUGUGUCCUGGUUUCACCCUUUCUUAAACACUAUCCCUUCUGAAAGUUCAAAUAAAUCCACAUUCUGUUGAAAUCUUGAAGUUUUAAAAAUUCAGACUUUGUCAUCAUCUUAGGUUCCUCGUGCUAGUCUUUCCUGUUCCCUUCCACAGACUUGGACUUCGGUCACACUCUUGAUCUCCUAGGCAUCCUCUAGAGCCCCCUGGGAGCUGUCUAAUGAGGAAUCACUACUGCCUUUCUUAAGCAAUUCUUGGCUCCUUCAUGUCUUGAGUCUCACUCCUUCCCUCAGCUAUUCCUGCUCCUGCUGCUUUGACCCCUUUUGCACCUCAGAAAACUUCAGAAUUACCAGUCUUAGGUGGUGAGUGUGGCCACUCAUCCACAUUGGGGUGAAUGGAAAUUAAAUUGGAAACCUUUCUUACAACUUUGAUUGGUGUUGGGGGGUGUGCUUUUUGAAAAAGUUUCCAUCUCUGCACUGAAAUCCCACACAAAUGUUUGGGUUUAUAAUGUGGCCUAGACCAAUGUGGGGGGGUGGGUUGGUUCUUUUUAUUUUUUUAGCAUUCCUUGCGAGAAUGAAUGAUAAUGGAGAACAAUUUAACAAGGUUCUUCUCUUGCAACACAAUAGCUUUACUUGCCUGCUUUUAUGUGCACCUUGGUACUAUCAGCUCAAUAGAUGGGGUCCUUAUGGGCAGUAUUGGUACCUACAGAGAAAAGACACCUUGGUCUCUUAUUUGCAAGCUUUUUUCCCAUCAGUCCUAGGUUAGACCCUGUCCAACCUUGCAGGGUGUUGGUUUAUGAGUGCUGCAGCAGUGAGUGUAAUGCAUCAUUUACCCAGUGGACAUAAAGGACAUACCAAGUGAAGUAACUUUAAAUAAUUGGCUUGGAGUGGCUAGUAGCUAGGAAGUGGCUUUUAGAGAUACCCAAGGUUGAGAGGGUAUUUUUUUAAACCAUUUGCUAUAGAUGUUGAAAAGGUAGGGUUUGCCCUCUUCAUGUCUACUCCUUCCAAAUAGAUGUAUACAAAAAAGCUGUUUUUUUCCCCCGUUCCUCUACUCUGCCACCCUGUUAAAACAGACAGGGAUUUAUGACCCGCUCCUCAUCACAUGUAAAAUUUGUACAAAAAUAUCUUCUAUGAAAAUGAUUUGUAAUCUGUAGACUUAAUACCUGGGAGAUGUCUUGAGAUGUAAAAUCCCAUCCUUUGGGUUUUGGGGUUUAUUGUUUUCUCCAAAUAAAUCUGAUCUUUAAAGUUCA